AUGCUGAGUCAGAGUAAUACAGUUGAUCAUCACGAGGAUCGAUCGGAACAUGAUCAUCAUUCUAAUAAUAAUAAUGGCACCAGUUUAUCCAUUGAUUGCAUUGAACACAUCUUGUCAUGCAUGAGAUUGAAGGACAGAAUAUCAAUUUCGUUAAUUAAUCACGAUUGGAAUAGAGGUUUUGAAAAGAGCGUCAAGACACUCAUGAUUACAAAAACCAAAAGUAAGGCUUGGUUACAAGAUUUUAAAAAGUUUAGAGGUUUUAUUAAGAGAUUCCCAGAAAUUCAAAACUUUACUUUAGAAUCACCUAUUGAAGUUUCGAGGGCUAAGGAUGAGACGACUAUGUGGUUCUCGAUGAAUGUUGUUCAAACAUUAUUGGAUGAGUUGCCUUCAUCACUGAAGAGUUUUACAUUGUCACAUUUUGCUUUGGGAUUGUCAUCGAAAACAUUCGAAUUGGUAAUUCCUGAAUCGAAACAAUUGAGAGAGUUGACUUUUAUUAAUUGUAAACGAGCACACGGUUUGACUGUUUCAAAUUGUGGAAAUUUGAGAAGUUUGUCAGUUUCAUGGGGAAGCUUCUUUAUCAAGAACUCUGGGUUUGAAGAAUUGAAGAAUUUGAGAUAUUUGAACUUGUCUAAUAAUAAGGUGGUCACUGAUGAAUUGUUGGAUAAUAUUGUAAAGAACUGUCCUUCUUUGGAAAAACUAGUGUUGGUUGGCUGUCUUAACAUUCAGUCUCCGUUCAAAGAUGUCAAUUUGAAUUGUUUGAAAUAUUUAGAUCUCUCAGCUACCAAUAUUAGAGAUUCAUGUAUUGAGAAUAUUUGUUCUGGAACAGCACUCAAUUUGGAAGAGUUGAGAUUGAGAACUUGUAUGGGCUUGGUCUCUCCAUCAUUUAAAGACAUCCCUUCCAUUAAAAUUAUUGGCUCACAAUUCAAUGCAGGAAUUCAAACAGCAAGUUUCCACAAAUUAAGAAGAUUGGAAAAGAUUGAUUUGGACGGAAAUAUUUGCCUUAAAAAGAUUUAUAUUUCUCAAUGUAAAAGUAUCAUAUAUUUGGAUGUGAGUAAGACUUUGAUUAAUGAUGAGGCGCUCGAAGAAAUAUUUUCAGAAUGUCCAGAAUUGAAACAAUUCUUUGCUAUCAAAUGCUACAAAUUGAAGAGUCCUAAACUUGUCCACUCCAAAUUGGAGGAAAUUAGAUGUACAAACUCGUGUUAUCUCACUAAGAAUACUGUCUUUGAUUGUCCAAACAUUAUUUCUCAACAUUUCAUUGGUACUAUUCUCGGUCCAGGAGAGUUUACAGUUCCUCUUGUGUUGAGAGAAGAUGUGGCAGAGGCCGCAGAACUUGCAAAAGCUGGCAUGGUAAAGAAUCAUGUUAAUCGGUUAAAUAAGUUCUAGAAUAAUCUUAAUAAAUAUGUACAGAUUGACUAGUGUCAAUAUUAA